AUGGAUCCCGACGCGCCCCACAAGUUUCCUGAAGAGCGCGAAGGACUACCGGCUGGCCAUCUGCACGAAAAAGUCGAAGAUGCGACAACCACAGGCCACUCUCAGGUCGACAACAUCGCGGACCUAGAAGAGCGCCAACAACAUGGAGGCUACCAAGCCCCGGAAUCCAGUACCGAAGGCUACAGCGCCAUUCGCGGAGGCGUCAACGUGGAGCGUGCAGAGGCCAGCUUUGCGGAACUCAACAGAGAGCUCUCGCGGACGAGCUCGCAUAUGCGCAGCUUGUCGCGGACGCAGAGCAGACGGAGUAUCGCCAGAGCUGCUGCCCCGGACGUGGAGAAAGCAGAGUCGGAUGAGAGCACGGAGGAGCAAUUUGACCUCGAGCGCACCUUGAGGGGCAACAGAGAUGAAGAGGAGGCGGCAGGUAUCAAAAGUAAGAGAAUUGGUGUCAUCUGGGACGAACUUACCGUUAGCGGGAUCGGUGGCGUCAAGAACUAUGUCAAGACGUUUCCGAUGGCCUUUGUGUCUUUCUUCAACGUGGUGGAGACUGCGAUGAACAUCUUUGGGGUGGGAAAGAAGGGUAAAGAGUUUGACAUCUUGAAGGAUUUCCGUGGCGUGACGAAGCCUGGUGAGAUGGUGCUGGUGCUGGGAAAACCGGGCAGCGGGUGCACGACCUUUCUUAAGGUCAUCAGCAACCAGCGCUUUGGGUACACCAAGGUCGACGGAGAAGUUCUUUAUGGCCCUUUCGACAGUGCUUUUUUUGAGAAACGGUACCGUGGGGAGGCUGUCUACAAUCAAGAGGACGAUGUUCACCAUCCUACGCUCACUGUAGGACAGACGCUUGACUUUGCAUUAGAGACAAAGGUCCCCGGCAAGCGACCGGCUGGUCUAUCAAGACAUGAUUUCAAGGACAAAGUAGUCGACAUGCUGCUGAAGAUGUUCAACAUCGAGCACACGAAGAACACGAUUGUCGGCAACCCUUUUGUGAGGGGCGUGUCAGGAGGCGAACGCAAGCGCGUAUCUAUUGCCGAGAUGAUGGUGACGGGUGCGUCAGUCUGUUCCUGGGACAACACCACUCGCGGCCUUGACGCGUCGACCGCUCUGGACUAUGCCAAAUCUCUGCGCGUUAUCACCAACAUCUACCAAACCACCACUUUCGUUUCCUUGUACCAGGCCUCCGAGUCGAUCUACAGGCAGUUCGACAAGGUCAUGGUCAUCGACGAAGGCCGCCAAGUCUAUUAUGGACCUGCAAAGGAAGCGCGUGCCUACUUUGAGGGGCUGGGCUUUCUCGAGAAACCGCGACAGACAACACCAGACUAUUUGACUGGCUGCACAGAUGCAUUUGAACGAGAGUAUAAGCCAGGCCGAAGCGCGGAGAACGCGCCGCAUGAUCCGGAUUCGCUUGUGGAGGCUUUCAAGAGGUCUCCCUAUUCGUCCCGACUGGAGCAGGAAAUGGUGGAGUAUCGCCAGAGCAUUGCCGAAGAGAAGCACAUCUACGAGAACUUCCAGAUUGCUGUGAAGGAAAGCAAGAGGCACGCUUCCAAGAAAUCCGUCUAUUCGAUACCUUUCUACCUCCAAAUUUGGGCACUCAUGAAGCGCCAGUUCCUGCUGAAGUGGCAAGACAAGUUCUCUCUCGUCGUCUCCUGGAUAACUUCUAUCGUCAUCGCCAUCAUUACAGGUACCGUUUGGCUCAAUCAACCCCGGUCCAGCGCUGGUGCAUUCACUCGCGGUGGUGUCCUCUUCAUUGCUCUGCUCUUCAAUGCUUUCCAGGCGUUCGGCGAACUGGCGUCCACCAUGUUGGGCCGACCAAUCAUCAACAAACAUCGCGCCUACACGUUUCAUCGACCGUCCGCACUAUGGUUUGCGCAGAUCAUCAUCGAUCUGGUGUUUUCAGCUGCUCAGAUACUCGUCUUCAGUAUCAUCGUGUAUUUCAUGUGUGGCCUGGUGCGCGACGCAGGAGCCUUCUUCAUCUUCGUGCUGAUGAUUGUUUCGACUUACCUUGCGAUGACAUUGUUCUUCCGUACCGUGGGGUGUCUCUGCCCAGACUUUGAUGUGGCUAUUCGCUUGGCUGCUACAAUCAUUACCUUCUUCGUACUCACGUCAGGCUACCUUAUUCAGUACCAAUCCGAACAAGUCUGGCUUCGCUGGAUCUUUUGGAUCAACGCCCUUGGUUUGGGAUUCUCUGCGAUGAUGAUGAACGAGUUCGGCAGGAUCGAUUUGGUUUGCACCGCGGAGUCAUUGAUCCCGUCAGGCCCAGGGUACACUGACCUCAACUAUCAAACAUGCACCCUGCCUGGUAGCGUUCCCGGCUCAAACGUCGUUUCCGGAAGCGAUUAUGUACGAAUAGCAUUCCAGUACGCUACCGGUGACCUGUGGCGGAACUGGGGCAUCAUCAUCGCUUUGAUCGUUGCCUUCCUGAUCGCCAACGCCGUGCUCGGCGAGUACAUCAAGUGGGGCGCUGGAGGCAAGACGGUGACGUUGUUCGCCAAAGAAAACAAGGAGCUCAAGGAGCUGAACAUGAAGCAGCGCCAAAAACGAGACCAGAGGCAUCGUAAAGAAGGCCAGGCAAAUGAAGAAGACGGCCUCAAUAUCGCUUCUAAGGCCGUACUUACUUGGGAGGACAUUUGUUACGACGUUCCAGUGCCGUCAGGCCAACUGAGGUUGCUGAACAACAUCUACGGUUACGUCAAACCUGGCCAGCUGACAGCUCUCAUGGGCGCUUCCGGAGCCGGUAAAACCACGCUACUCGACGUGCUUGCCGCUCGUAAGAACAUUGGUGUCAUCACUGGUGACAAGCUAGUCGACGGGAAAGCGCCUGGUAUCGCGUUUCAGAGAGGCACUUCAUAUGCGGAGCAGCUCGAUGUCCAUGAACCUGCUCAAACUGUGCGUGAGGCACUGCGCUUCUCCGCCGACUUGCGCCAACCGUACGAAACACCUCAGGAGGAGAAAUACGCGUACGUGGAAGAGAUCAUCUCUCUACUGGAGAUGGAAGACAUUGCGGACGCCAUCAUUGGUGAACCUGAAAGUGGCUUAGCAGUCGAACAACGCAAGCGCGUAACUAUUGGAGUCGAGUUGGCUGCUAAACCAGAGCUUCUGCUGUUCCUUGACGAGCCCACCAGUGGUCUCGACAGCCAGAGCGCCUUCAACAUCGUCCGCUUCCUUCGCAAGCUCGCCGCUGCUGGACAGGCUAUCCUCUGCACCAUUCAUCAACCCAAUUCCGCGCUCUUCGAGUCGUUUGACAGGCUACUGCUUCUGCAACGAGGCGGCCGCUGCGUAUACUUCGGUGAUAUCGGCAAGGACGCGCAUGUGCUGCUUGACUACUACCACCGUCAUGGCGCCGACUGUCCUCCAGAUGCCAACCCGGCCGAAUGGAUGCUCGAUGCCAUUGGCGCUGGUCAAGCACCCCGUAUUGGCAAGCGUGACUGGGCCGACGUCUGGACCGACUCGGAUGAGUUCGCGGCUAUCAAGGAAGAGAUUGUGGAGAUCAAGCGCCGCCGAAUCGAAGAGGUUGGGAACCAGCCGCCAGCCAUUCAGAAGGAGUAUGCCACUCCUCUGUGGCACCAGAUCAAGAUGGUCAACAAACGCGCUCAGCUGUCGUUCUGGCGGACGCCCAAUUACGGAUUCACCAGGCUCUUCAACCACGUCAUCAUUGCUCUGCUUACCGGUCUCAUGUAUCUUCAACUGGACGACUCGCGCACUUCUCUGCAGUAUCGUGUCUUUAUCAUCUUCCAGGUUACCGUGCUCCCGGCACUGAUCCUCGCACAAGUUGAGCCGAAGUACGCCAUCGCCCGCAUGAUAUCGUACCGCGAGCAAGCAGCGAAGGCGUACAAGACCCUUCCAUUCGCACUGUCCAUGGUCCUAGCCGAGAUGCCCUACAGCAUUCUCUGCGCUGUCGGGUUCUUCCUUCCGCUCUACUACAUUCCAGGUUUCAAUCCUUCCACUAGCAGGGCCGGCUAUCAGUUCUUUAUAGUGCUCAUCACGGAGAUCUUCUCGGUCACCUUGGGUCAGAUGAUCGCGGCGCUGACGCCAUCGCCUUUCAUCAGCUCGCUGGUGAAUCCUUUUAUUAUCGUUGUAUUCGCUCUGAUGUGUGGCGUUACCGUCCCAUAUCCAUCCAUGCCCUCAUUCUGGAGAGUGUGGCUAUAUGAGCUAGACCCCUUUACCCGCUUGAUCGGCGGUAUGGUGGUGACUGAGCUGCAUGAGCUACCUGUCCAGUGUACGCCGGGUGAACUCAACAGUUUCACGGCACCUCCAGGUCAAGACUGCGGCACAUACAUGUCCGACUUCUUCGCGAAUGGCGGCCCCGGGUACUUGAUCAACAACGUGACCGAUGUGUGCGAAUACUGCGCGUUCGCCGUUGGUGAUCAGUUCUACGAGCCGCUUGGGUACAGCUUCGAUUAUAGGUGGAGGGACCUGGGCAUCUUCGCGGCCUUUAUUGGCAGCAACUUGAUUUUGCUGUUCAUCGCUGCCCGAUAUCUAAACUUCAACCGCCGCUAG